UCUAAUUUAGAAAAUCAAUUACCAUCUACUAGUACUGCUGAGAAACAUAUGUUGCCACGUAGCCUUGGGACAUUGGAAAAUACUGUAAACAAUAGAAAGCGUAACCAAAAUCAGAACGAGGUUUCUAAUGAAAAUAUACAUUGGACUUUAAAGAGAAUUAAAAUUGAAGAUAAUCGUGAUAAUCUGUUUCGUCAUAUGUGGAAUUAUCUUCAACAAGAUUUUUCAAAAUUUCAUGAAUGGGUAAACAUAUUAAAUGUGGUUGAUUACCACGAUAUCGUUGAUAACGCAAGAAUGGCUUACUCUAAAUUUUUAGAACUAUAUCCGCUUUGUUACGGUUAUUGGAAGAAAUAUGCGAAUUUUGAAAAAAGGAAUAAUAAUAUAAAUGAGUUUAAAAAAAUACUAGAAAACGGUUUAAAUGCCAUACCUGUAAGUGUUGAUUUGUGGAUUUAUUACACGGACUAUCUAAAAUUGGAAAGUAAUAAUGAAGACGUUUUUAUUCGAAAAGAGUUCGAAAGAAGUUUGAAAAUGUGUGGACUUGAUUAUCAUUCUGAUCGGUUAUGGUUUAAUUACAUAUCAUGGGAAAUAGAGAAAAACGAAAUAUUUAAUGCAGUCAACAUAUAUUAUCGUCUUAUUCGUACACCAACUUCAAACUGUUUUAAAAAUUUCUUGAAGUUUCAAGAGUUUAUAUUCAAAAAUAUACCUGAAAAAUAUUUAGGUCUUGCAGAAUUUAAUAAAAGACGAAGCAUAAUAAUUGAAUCAUUAGAAACAAAUCAAAGAAAGUUGUUAGCUUCUGAUUCUUUACCACCUGGUGAUGAUAGUAUAAAUAUAACUGAAAGUACCGACAAUAAUAUUAUAUCCAUUGUAAGGAUAAGUUUUAUUGAAUCGUGGUACAAUGUUCACAGUCAAACUAUCAAAGAAUUUGAAAGUAGGAAAAUAUUUGAGGAAAAUAUAGAAAGAACUCACUUUCAUGUAAAGAAGUUGAAAAUUGAUCAGAUUUUAAAUUGGGAAAAAUAUAUUAAGUUCGAGAAAAAAGCUGGAAACCAAGAACGCAUUAUUUUCCUCUAUGAAAGAUGCUUGGUAUCGUGUGUUUCACAUGAAAAAUUUUGGUUAAGUUAUCUGGAAUACUUAUCUUCUAUAAAUAUUGACGUUACUGAUUUAUUAAUUGAUGUAUUCAAAAGAUCAUUAUUUCACCAUCCAAAGUCACUCGAUUUAAAUUUGAAAUAUUUUAAUUUUUCCGAAAACAAAGGUUGGAUAGAAAAAGCUAAUGAAACGAUAACGAAAUUAGGAUUACUUUAUCCUAAUUCAAAGGAUGUUACUAUUAGAAUAAUUAAUUUAGCUAGAAGAAAGCAAGAUGAAACCUUAAAGAGUUUAUUUAAACAUCAUUUGAUUUGUUCUCAAUCAAAAUCUUAUUCUAGUUACAUUGCGGUGAAAUAUGCACGUUUCGUUUGGAAACACGAUCGUCAGUUAAAUCUCGCGUUUAAUAUUUUAAAUGAUACCAUACGACAUAAGAACAUCAGCGUAAACGACAAUUUUGAGAUUUAUUUAACGCUUGUUGAAUUGAAAAUGGAAUUAAGUCUAAAAGAUUAUAAAUCGGUUAUAAAAACAAUUGAUGAUAUAAUAUCGGCAUGUAAGUUACUUAAGGAUAAAAUUGCAUUUUCAAAAAAAAAGGUGCCGCCUGUGACUCUGGCUGGCUUAACCAGGUCACCUUCUCUCAUCAGUGCAUGA